AUGGCGCGAUCCAGCAGAACGCUUCUGAGGGCCUCGCUCCAGCUGUCCCAGGGCUGGCGUGCGGCCAACAGCGCGAAGCUGUAUGCCCCGCUCGUCCGGCGAAUGUACUCGACAGACGGCCCACAGCCCACACGAGGCGGCUCCAAGGUGUUCAAGUCGGCGGAUGAGGCUGUCGCUGACCUGAAGGACGGUUCAGUUAUCCUUAGCGCGGGGUUCGGGCUUUGUGGUGUUGCCGAGACUUUGAUUGAGGCGAUACACCGAAGAGGACUUAAAGACCUUACGGCAGUCUCGAACAACGCUGGCGCAGGGGACAAGGGACUGGCGAAGCUCACCGGAGACGGUAGGGUGAGCCGUAUGAUCAUGUCCUACCUUGGCAGCAAUAAAGAGCUAGAGCGGCAAUACCUCAAUGGGGAGGUCUCCAUUGAACUAUGCCCGCAAGGAACAUUGGCAGAGAGGUUACGGGCGGCCGGUGCGGGCAUUCCAGCAUUCUAUACCUCAACCGGCGGCAAAACGUUCAUUGAAACCGGCGAGAUCCCCCAACGAUUUACCCCCGAAGCAGGCAUAUUAGAGAAGGGCAUACCGAAGGAGACAAGAAUAUUCGAUGGCAAGUCCUACAUCAUGGAAAAGGCGCUUCCUGGAGAUGUCGCCAUCCUCAGAGCCUGGAAGGUCGACGAAGCAGGCAAUUGCGUCUUUAAGUACACCACCAGAACAUACGCGCCCCUCAUGGCCAAGGCCGCACGAGUUGCCAUCGUCGAAGCCGAGGAAAUUGUGCCAACUGGCACCUUGGAUCCCCAGAACGUGCAUCUGCCUGGCAUCUUCAUCGAUCGCAUUGUGCCUGCGACGACAGACAAGAACGUCGAGAGCCUCAAACUAGCGCUGUCCAAGGACCCGGCUAAGUCCAGCGCACCCGACUCGCGGAAUCGCAUUGCCAUGCGUGCAGCCAAGGAGUUGAAGGACGGCUACUACGUAAACCUUGGCGUGGGAAUCCCCACGCUCGCGGCAUCAUACGUCCCUGAAAGCACCAAAGUCUGGCUGCAGUCCGAGAAUGGCCUUCUGGGCAUGGGCCCGUACCCCGCUACAGAGAAGGACGUGGAUGCGGACCUGAUCAAUGCCGGAAAAGAGACGGUCACAUUGCUCCCCGGUGCGUCCGUAUUCGACUCGGCAGAGUCAUUCGGCAUGAUCCGCGGCGGACACGUCGACGUCUCGAUCCUCGGCGCAUUCCAGGUAUCCGCUUCUGGCGACCUGGCCAACUACAUGAUUCCAGGCAAGGUGUUCAAGGGCAUGGGUGGAGCCAUGGACCUCGUGUCGAACCCGGAGCAGACCAAGAUCGUGGUGGCGACGGAGCACGUCGACAAGAAGGGCCGCAGCAAGAUUGUGCAGGACUGCAAACUGCCGCUCACUGGCAAAGGCGUCGUGAGCACCAUCAUCACGGACAUGGCCGUCUUCCAGGUCGACCGGGUCAAGGGCGGGCUGACGCUGACCGAAGUGGCCGAGGGUGUCGAUGUCGAGACCGUGAGGAAGAACACGGAUGCUGAGUUUUCGGUCGCCGAGGACCUGGGAACCUUUUAA